UUGUUUUAUUCUGACAUGUAGCCGGAUGUUAUGAAUUACGUCAGCGGAAGAGUUUCCUUUUGCCAUACACGUGAAGCCGAAGAAGUCGGAGAAGGUUUAAGUAAUGUCUAAAGCUAAACAAAAACGGGCUAAACGCCUAGGCUUCCUCGGCAAGUGUAAGGCUCAAAAGUGUGAUUCGUCCGGACGGAAAAAGAUUACAGAGCAGUCGUUUGUGAAACAUGUCAAAGACCAGAGGAGACCGGAGGAAAUCAGGAAACAAAGGCUUCAAGACCUCCAGGAAAAGCAAAAAAUGUCCAGAGAACGAGAGAUGAUGAAAAGGAGAAACUUGCAGAGCUUUCAGAGUGACAUUCUUCAGCGACAGAGAGCGUUUGAGCAGAGGGAGACUGAAAUGCAGAGUUUGGAAGGAAACCUAAAUUUUGAAAAUGAGAAUUCAAGAAAGGCAUAUUACAGAGAAUUCAGAAAGGUUGUAGAAGCCGCAGAUGUGAUUUUAGAAGUUUUGGACGCAAGGGACCCUCUUGGCUGCAGAUGUCCUCAGGUGGAGCAGGCUGUCAUUCAAAGUGGACUCAACAAAAAGAUAGUUUUAGUUCUUAAUAAAAUUGAUCUUGUCUCCAAAGACAUUGUGGAGAAAUGGAUUAAGUAUCUUCGUAAUGAGUUUCCCACGGUAGCUUUUAAAGCAUCUACUCAACAACAAAACAAGAACUUGAAACGCAGCAGUGUUCCAGUGACACAGGCCACCACGGAGCUCCUCAGCAGCAGUGCCUGCAUUGGUGCAGACUGUUUAAUGAAGUUACUGGGCAACUACUGCCGCAACCUAGACAUAAAGACAGCCAUCACUGUAGGCGUAGUAGGUUUUCCUAAUGUGGGAAAGAGUAGUUUGAUCAACAGUCUAAAACGAGCACGAGCUUGUAACGUUGGAGCGACACCUGGUGUGACCAAGUGCCUUCAGGAGGUGCAUUUGGACAAACACAUCAAGCUUCUGGACUGCCCUGGCAUCGUAAUGGCAACUUCAACAUCUGACGCUGCAAUGAUCCUUCGGAACUGUGUGAAGAUCGAACAGCUGGUCGAUCCCCUUCCGCCUGUUGAAGCCAUCCUCCGACGCUGCAACAAGGCACAGAUCAUGGAGCACUACAGCGUUCCAGACUUUCACACGGCUUUGGAGUUCUUGGCAUUGCUUGCUCGGCGCCAGGGCAAACUGAGAAAGGGAGGACUGCCCGAUACUGACAAGGCAGCAAAGAGUGUGUUAAUGGAUUGGACAGGGGGAAGAAUCAGCUACUUCACACACCCUCCAGAGACACACACUCUCCCAACACACAUUAGUGCUGAGAUCGUUACAGAGAUGGGUAAAGCUUUUGACUGGGAUGAGCUGGAAAAAGGAAACGAGGAGGUUCUUGCAGAGUCAUCUUGUCCUGAUGUCCAAAUGGGAUUCUGCAUGGAAACCACUGGAAUGACACAGGGAGGGCAAAGUCAAGGUGUGUGUUACCUGGAAAUGGACAGAGGGUGUCUGGAAGACACAGCGUUGAAAGGUGAAACCGAAUCUAUGGAGGACGACCAGGACCCAGAGUUUGGGCCAAUGACGGUGGAGAUAAAAUCACAGAAGUCAAAGACAUGUCAACCUGCAAAUGAGACUGCAGCCAGGGCUCCGGAUUUGAAGGACAUCUUUAGUGUGGACCCUCUGCAGCAGGGCCAGGCACUGCUGGCUGCCUGCAAGAAGAGGAAGAAAAAACAGAAAAGAGCUGAGAAAAUUGCCACCAAACUCUCAGACAUUUUGACAUCUUCAAUGGACUUUUCAUUUGCAGACCACUAAUUAAAAAAAGAAAUUAAACCUA